AUUAAGUAAAUAUCCUAAACACGGUGGAGAAGGCAGGAGGAACUCGACUUUUCCUUUUUCCUUUUUUUUUUGUCUAAUAAAUAAUUGAAAUCUUUUUUGGUUUGUAUGGUUGCUGGUGCCGUUGUUGUCAACGACGACGUGUUUGCCUCUUUGUCUAAAUCUCCCCUUUCCUCCUCUAUAUUUGCUUCUCCUCCUCCACCACCACCAAUCCAUCUCUCUCUCUCUCUCUCCCCACGCAUUUCUUUGUUCUGGAAACAAGAAAAGUCCUUGCCUUUUUCCCAUCCAUGGCGACGCAGGAUAAAGGGAGGCCAUUGCCCAAGUUUGGGGAAUGGGACGUGAGCAAUCCAGCCUCGGCCGAGGGGUUCACAGUAAUCUUCAACAAGGCUCGGGACGAGAAGAAGACAAAGAAAACCUCAGUUGCAGGUCCUGACCUGGUUUCCCCUCCGAGAAACGAAGACCCUAAUCCUGCCCAGCACCAUGGUUCCCACAACUCCAAAUCCAAGAAAUGGCUAUGCUUCCGUUAACUGCAGCUACUUGUCAGAACCUGCGAGGAGGAAGCAGAAGCGGUGAGAAGAGAGCAAUGUCUCGACCCAAAAAGCAAAGCAUGUAUCUUGCCAGCCAGACUGAUGCUUUACGUCAUCUCGGACGUCGUCCUUCAGUUUUCUGCAUCUCUCUCCUACUUGUUGAGCCUUUUUUUUUGUUUCCCUUUGUUUUUUUCUGCCCAUAACGGGUAUAUGAACGUACAUUCUUCUCUGGUUCCUAAUACGAAUACGACCUUGAUUUGAUACAAGGAUGGACCGUUCAUGUCCUUCCAGACAUGUUUACAAUGCAAUAUAUGAACGAUCAAGCCUUGCACUGCACAA